AAUGGAAGGAGGAACGGAAGAGAAGGAGAGCCUCGUCGUCGUCGUCGUCUCCCUUCAGGCUCUCCUCCCGCGGAGCAGGAAAGGCGGAAGUUAGCUUGCUCCGGAGCUAGGGAACCGGAUCCUCCUCAAUCCCAUGCGGCGCUUUUGAUUCAAAGCGAGGUUGGACCUAGAUUUGCUUGGAAUUAUCAGGAAGACCAGCUGAAAUGUAUAUCAAAUCAAUUGUCCUUGAGGGGUUCAAAUCUUAUGCUCAACGAACAGAGGUUAAUGACUUUGACCCAUUGUUCAAUGCCAUUACUGGCUUAAAUGGAAGUGGCAAGUCAAAUAUUCUGGACUCCAUCUGUUUCUUGCUGGGCAUCACCAAUCUGUCACAAGUACGAGCUUCCAACCUGCAAGAUCUUGUAUACAAAAAUGGACAGGCGGGAAUUACUAAGGCUACUGUCUCAAUCACCUUUGAUAAUUUUGAUAAGAAGCAGAGUCCACUAGGAUUUGAGAAUCAUGAUGAGAUUACAGUUACAAGACAGGUGGUAAUAGGAGGUAGAAAUAAAUAUCUUAUCAAUGGUGUGAAUGCAAACAAUACUAGAGUACAGGAUCUUUUCUGCUCUAUUGGAUUGAAUGUCAAUAAUCCUCACUUUCUUAUUAUGCAGGGGCGCAUUACCAAAGUUCUCAAUAUGAAGCCUCCAGAGAUUUUGGCUAUGAUUGAAGAAGCCGCUGGCACAAGGAUGUAUGAGUGCAAGAAAAUAGCUGCCCAGAAGACAAUAGAGAAAAAAGAAGCAAAGCUUAAAGAAAUUUGCACGAUUUUAGAAGAAGAAAUCACACCCACUUUGCAGAAACUGAAAGAGGAACGAUCCUCCUAUUUGGAAUACCAAAAGGUUAUGCGAGAGAUAGAACAUCUGAGUCGUCUCUAUAUUGCAUAUCAGUUUGGGUUAGCUGAAGAAACCAAAGCACAUUCUGCUGAUGUGCUAAAGGAAAUGGAAGACAAUAUUUCAAAAUGUCAAGAAAAGAUCACCGAGAAUGAGAAGGCGGCAAAGGAACUCAGCAAAGAAAUAUCAGAAAUGGAAAAGAAAAGGGAUCAAGAAUUUGGUGGUGUGCUUCAUUCACUUGAAGAAGCUCUUGCUGAAGUUCAGAGAACUGAUACCAAAGUGCAAAGUACACUGGAUAUCAAAAAGCAAAACUUGGCAAGUGAAGAAAAAAGGCACAGAGAGCUGGUGAAAUGCAUGCAAGAGGAUUCUAAAGCUGUGGUCUCAAAGGAAAAAGAAGUCAAGAAGAUAACAGAUGCACUGAGUGCUCUUCGUGAAGCCAGUAAUAAAGACACUGAGGCCUUGGCUGCUGCACAACAACAUUUCAAUGCUGUGUCAGCUGGUCUGUCAAGUAGUGAAGAUGGAGAAGAUGCCACUCUUGCUGGACAGAUGAUGGCCUGCAAGAAUGAUAUAAGCAAGGCACAAACAGAAGCUAAACAAGCAGAGAUGAAGCUGAAACAUGCUCAGCAGGAGCUCAAGACCAAACAAGCUGAAGUGAAGAAAAUGGAUAGUGGAUAUAAGAAAGACCAAGAUGCUUUUGAAGCAGUCAAAAAGCAGAAAGAGAAACUUGAAAACGAAAUGAAGAAGCUGAACUAUGAAGAUAAAAAAGAAGAAAACCUUUUAGAAAAACAAAGGGAGUUGUCUCGUGUAGUUAACCACUUGAGAGAAUCCUAUGAAGUUUUAAUGACCAAGUUCCCCAAUCUGCGUUUUGAGUACAGGGAUCCAGAAAGAAACUGGAACCCAAAUCAUGUCAAGGGGCUUGUGGCGUCUCUGAUUACUGUGAAAGAUGUCUCUACGGCAACAGCACUAGAAGUGGUUGCUGGUGGUCGACUGUACAAUGUGGUGGUGGACACAGAGGUUACUGGCAAAAAAUUGCUAGAAAAGGGUGAACUGAAGCGUCGCUACACCAUUAUUCCAUUGAACAAAAUCUCAGCGAAAUGUAUCGGGAAAGAAGCUGUGAGAGUGGCCAAAUCCUUGGUUGGUGAUAACAACGUCCAUGUAGCCCUCAGCCUGGUGGGUUAUGAGUCUGAAAUUCAAAAGGCCAUGGAAUAUGUCUUUGGGGGUACAUUGGUUUGCGACAACAUGGAUAAUGCCAAGAAAGUUACUUUUGAUAAAAGAGUUAUGACCAAAACUGUCACUCUUGGUGGAGACACAUUUGAUCCUCAAGGCACUCUCAGCGGAGGUGCCAGAUCACAAUCUGCAUCAGUUUUAUCCAAGCUUCAGGAGGUGAAAGAGGUGCAAGAAGAAUUAAAAGCAAAGGAGGCAGAACUACAGACGAUAGGAAAGGAACUAGCAAGUCUGCAGGGCACUGCUGAAAAGUAUCGUCACUUGAAGCAGCAGUGGGAGAUGAAAUCUGAAGAAGGCGAACUAUUGCAAACCAAGUUGCAGCAAAGUGCCUACCACAAACAGCAGGAAGAGUUAGAUACACUGAAAAAAACCAUUGAGGAGAGUGAAGAGACUUUGAAGAAAACAAAAGAGGUACAAAAGAAAGCAGAGGAAAAACUCAAAGUGCUGGAACACAAAAUGAAGAAUGCUGAAGCAGAAAGAGAGAAAGAGUUGAAAAAUGCCCAGCAGAAGCUAGAUGGAGCCAAGAAAAAAGCUGAUGCUUCCAGCAAAAAGAUGAAAGAAAAGGAGCAGGAAGUUGAAGCUUUGGUGUUAGAACUGGAAGAACUAAAACGCGAACAGACCUCUUAUGAGCAACAGAUUGAGGCUGUGAAUGAAGCUAUUAAAUCAUUCCAAGAACAGAUUGAGGUUAUAUCUGCAGAAGUAGCAAAGAACAAGGAAAACGUGAAGAAAGCUCAAGAUGAACUGGCUAAGCAAAAAGCAGUGGUGAUGGCCCAGGAUAAAGCAAUUAAAGCAAAAUCCACCGAGGUUGUAAAGUACAAAGAACAAAACAAUGAAUCACAACUGAAGAUUAAAGAAUUAGAACACAAUAUCAGUAAACACAAGCGGGAGGCUUCUGAUGCUUCUGCAAAGGUUGCUAAAAUGCUGAAAGACUAUGAUUGGAUAGCUUCAGAAAAGCAUCUCUUUGGCCAGCCAAAUACAGCUUAUGAUUUCAAGACUAACAAUCCGAAAGAAGCUGGUCAGAGGCUACAGAAGCUGCAGGAGAAGAAAGAGAAGCUGGGCAGGAAUGUCAACAUGAGAGCUAUGAACAUGCUUUCAGAAGCAGAAGAAAGGUAUAAUGACUUGAUGAAGAAGAAAAGAAUUGUUGAGAAUGACAAAUCUAAAAUUCUUGCAACAAUUGUGGAGCUUGAUCAAAAGAAAAAUGAAGCUCUAAACAUCGCCUGGCAAAAAGUAAACAAAGACUUUGGAUCAAUUUUCUCAACACUUCUGCCAGGGGCCAAUGCAAUGCUGUCUCCUCCUGAAGGUCAAACCGUUCUAGAUGGUCUAGAAUUCAAAGUUGCUUUGGGAAACACUUGGAAGGAAAACUUAACAGAAUUAAGUGGGGGCCAAAGGUCCCUCGUAGCAUUGUCUUUGAUCUUAGCCAUGCUUCUCUUCAAGCCGGCUCCCAUCUACAUCCUGGAUGAGGUGGAUGCAGCCCUUGAUCUCUCUCACACCCAAAAUAUUGGGCAGAUGCUUCGGACCCACUUCAGGCACUCCCAGUUCAUUGUCGUGUCACUGAAGGAUGGCAUGUUCAACAAUGCAAAUGUACUCUACAAGACUAAGUUUGUGGAUGGCGUUUCUACUGUGGCAAGAUAUACUCAAGCUCAAACAGGAAAUAGUGGGGCUGCUCAACACAGACCUGAUAAGACCAAAAUGAAGGAGAAGAGACAAAGACCACCGGUGGAUGUUUGAAGAGUAAACCUCUGGAUGACAUUUUUCUCUCUAAAGACACUGUGUUGAUAACCUGUUGUAAAUUUAGUACUGUUCUUACUCCAUGCCUUAACAUUAUCCCAUCUAAAAUGGAAUCUGGGAUAGUUGUGUUCUUUGGAUCUGCCAAUCUGCUGGAUCUUGUUCAAUAUAUUUAUGACAUGUUUUGAAAUGUCUUCCUCAGUGUCAGUUCAGAAACUUGUAAAUAUUUUUUUGCUGUUUUCUUAAGUGACUGGUAUAUAUAUUUUCAACUAUGAGAGGGUAACUAGUAUGUAAACUCUUAAGCUUACCUUGCUUUUCUUUGAAGGCAAGAACCAAACAUUGUUUGAUUUUUGGAAUUUACUCAUGUAACGAUUUUCAGUUAUGUAUGGAACAUGUUUACAAUUACAAACAUGCAUAUCAGUUUUUAUUCCAGCAAUAGCAUGGCAAGAUAGAAAGAAAACAUUGAAAGGCUGUGCACCCCACAAGCUUCCUUCCAAAGGAGUGGGAGACUCGGAUCCAAAACACACUGCAGAAACAAUCCAGUUUGAGAUCACUUUAACUGCCUUGGCUCAAUGCUAGGGACUUCUGGGAGCAGUAGUUUUGUGAGACAUUUAGCCUAUCAGAGAGGCCACCACAAACUAUAGUUCCCAGAAUUCCCUAGCACUGAACCAAAGUAGUUAAACUGGACUCAGACGAUUUCUGCAAUGUGUUUUGGACCAAAGACUGGGAAAGCAUGCAAAUAUAAAAAUAAAACUUUACAAGAGUACAACACUGGUUAACUCCAGACCCUAAUGUCUGAUACUUUUUAAAGCAAACUUGGCUCUUAAUGUUUGUAUUCACCAAAAUCAUCAUCAUCAUGAAAUAUUCAUCUUUCAUUAAUUGAAUUAAAGCAAACAACUUUGCUUCCUCUUGUUUCUCUAAACUUUUGUUUGAGACCAAAGGACUUAAUUUCUAAGCCAGAACUGUGGGAGGGCUGCUUUCAUAAUGGAAAGAAAGCUGCAAAGAGAACCAUCUUUAAUGACUACUGGGUGGGAGGGGCUCACAAUUUUAGUGGCCUCUGGUAAUUAUUGAAGACAGCACCACCAGCUUACUGCAGUAAAAGGUUCACAUGCCAGCAAAUACAAGAACACUUGCUGAUUUUGCCUUUCAUUCCAUGGCUUUACCUUUCUACAAUUAAGCUCAUAUCUAGAAUGCAGCAGAUAUGUCCUGCUAUGAGCACAGUUACCCU